AUGACCAAAGAGCAUGAUGGGCCCCAAACUUUGAAGGAGACCACGUCGACAAGCAACCUGGCGCCAGCUCCGAGUGCUACAGUGACUGCCUUUUAUGAUUCUUGGUUUCGUUGGAAUAUUCUGCCAUCUGAGUGGGAUAUCUUGUGUCUAUCAACUGUGCUAAAGGUCCUUCUGUUCCCAUCCUACCGAUCGACAGAUUUCGAAGUGCAUAGAAACUGGCUUGCUAUCACUCAUACCCUUCCUAUUUCAAAAUGGUACUACGACACGACGUCCGAAUGGACAUUGGACUACCCACCUUUCUUCGCCUACUUUGAGAAGCUUAUGUCUAUACCGGCGUCCUUUAUUGAUCCAAAGAUUGUCGACCUCAAUAAUCUCAACUACGAUGGAUGGUCCGUCAUAGCCUAUCAAAGAAGUACUGUCAUCAUUACAGAAUUGGUUCUGGGUGCGGUAUUACUCAAGUUCAUCAGAGGUUCCGUCGAACCACCAAUACAGCGUAUUAUAUCCGCUUCCAUUUUUCUUCACCCUGGAUUCUUGAUAGUUGACCACAUACAUUUUCAAUACAAUGGCUUCAUGUACGGAAUUUUACUUUGGUCGAUUCUCCUGGCGCGCAAUAGCAAUAAACUUGCUAGCGGAAUUCUCUUUGCCGUGCUACUGAAUUUCAAGCACAUUUACAUGUACCUUGCACCAGCAUACUUUAUAUACCUCCUUCGCUCGUUCUGUUUAUCUCCAACUGGCCAGGUCCAUGUCAAGAACUUCCUUUCGUUGGCCAAUGCAGUGAUUGCUGUAUUCGUGGUAUCGCUGGGUCCCUUCGCCCUCAUGGGACAAAUACCCCAGCUACUUUCUAGGCUGUUCCCGUUCACUCGAGGUUUGAACCAUGCCUAUUGGGCACCCAAUUUCUGGGCGUUGGUAACUGCCGCAGAUCGAGUGCUUUUGAAAUUUUAG